AACAUGUUGUGGGGCUAUGGUUAUUUUCAGUUUCAUUUCUGAUCAAACGUGAGGAAAAGUCAAGGGAACAAGUUGUUUUCUUUCUGUUAGAGGAUUUUUAAUCGAAGAGUCUAUCGAUGGAAAACGAGGAGGCAACACGCACCUGCAAACAAUGGUGAGGGUCAACUUUUGAGAGAGUUUUGAGGGCAAAUCCUGAUUUUAAAAGCAACUCUUCAUGUUUAUGUUCUUGUUAAAAAAACAUGUAAGCGGCUGUUUGUGUAGGAAAGACAACAUGGACACUUUACUGAUCUGCCAAGUCAGUCUAAAGGUAACUUAAGUCACUAUUUAAGAUCUGCCGUGGGUCAGAUUUUAUGUAAAGUGAGAGUUACAGGUCAGGGUCAGUAACUAUCACAGGGGUGUUUAAUUUUAGCCCUGACUUUAAAACUCGUCAAACUACAAUGUACACUUUCACUUUCAUCACGAUACCAGGUUAAAGUCAACUGUUUGAUCAGUGGGACUUUAGUUCUUAAUCAGUGUCAACAGGUCAGAAUUUGGUCAGCAAUAUUGUCUCUGGGUUUUCUGUUUGACUCCUAUUGAAUAUUUUCUCUGUAAAUCCCCAAAUCUACAAUGAAAGUGGUCUAACAUACAGUAUUUUAGAUUUAAGUGCAAACUAUAUAGUGAGAUUAAUGUUUUAAUCUAAUUGAAACUCUCAUUUUUUGAUGGAAUAAAACAUUUUUCCAUAGACAUCAAUAAGCAAAUUACUGGAAACUCGAUUUUGCUGAUAAAAGAAAUGCUGAUUAAAAAAGUAAACAUUUCAGCUGAUACCAAUAUGGAUGCUAUGAGUGGUCCAAAUACAUCAUUAACCUGUGGGAUCCUACUUCUUCCACCCCUCCAAAAGGCAGUAUUUUAAGGACCAACAAAUUCAUUUAUUUUUAGUUAGGCUUACUAGUGCUUAAGUUAUUUGUUCCGAUACUCUUUCAUACAGCUGACAUGUCUUCGUUUUAAAAUAAUUAACUUUUUUUUAGACUUUUUAAGAUUUUACCUGCUGUGAACAGGAUCAUGGUGAUAAUAUCUGGCAUCCUUGCAGGUUAGUUUUGCAUCAUCAAAGUCAUAACCUUUCUCAGCCCUAACAACUCACAUAGUAUCUGCACUGUUUAUGUAAAUAGAUUCUGGUGGCUGCAAAAAGAUUGAUGUAACUUCUGUUUUCUUAAAGCUCCUGUGGAUAAAGUGGAAACCCUGAUCUCUAUACUGAUUUGGUCCUGAACUCGAGACACUGAAGGGGGGGGUCCUGCCUUCCAAAAAGGAAUAAUUAUAAAAAUCAUCAAGCAGAAAAUAAAAAGAAAAUUAGACAGUGCUAAAACUAAAAUGGAAAUUUCGACCAGGUAAUCCAAAGUUUAAUGUGAAGAUGCAGCAUGGUAACCUCAGGGCUGAUCGCCAUUUAGUGAAUGAAUUGCAGAAGGGAUAAAUGAGACCUGGAGGCUUCAGUAUUUCUUGAAAGUGCCCUGAAGCCACAGCCUGAGGGUGAAGGACUGAACUCACACAAGAGUGGAUGAUUUAGACAGACCAGUUUGGCAUUGGCUCUACUCAUAACCUGCCUGUUCUGAAUUUUAGCCAGCAGUAAAAUGUCCAAAUGUUGAAAGGGAUGUUUAUAAUAUUAAAUUUAGUGUUAUGUAUUCAUGUUAAAGUGGGGAGAUGAUCUUUUCUUGGUCUUUCAGCCACAAACAGGUUGCAGAGGCAAACUUCGCUUUACACGAGUCGCACUGCAGGCGCUUCCUAUGUGUCUGUCCCGACUGUGACGAAACAGUUCCUCGAGAGCAACUGGACCAACACAGAGAGGAGCAACACACAAAGGUACACACACACUCCUAUAACCACCACACACAUGCACACUUUAAGAUUUUAACUUAUUUUCUUGAGGUUUUCAAAUCUUUGUCUUCACAGGUGAGGUGCUCCAAGUGCAACCAGAAGAUGGAGCGUUGUCACCUGAUGGAUCAUGAGGUGAGGAGGCAAAAAUUUGAGGUUCAUGUAUCAAGGGAGACAGGAGUCCUAAAUUAAUCUACUUAUAUGUCUGUCUCUGUUCAUCUUCUCAGUCUGAGGAGUGUGUGGAGCGUUUGCAGAAGUGUCAAUUCUGUGAGCUGGAGAUGCCUUUUAAAGGGUUGGAUGAACACUGUCUGGUCUGUGGGAGCCGCACCGAGCUCUGCAAGGACUGCGGCCGCUAUGUCACCCUGAAAGAGCUGCCAACGCACGCUCUGACUUGCUCGGAUGGCAACAAUCCCUCAGGUCCCCCUCAAAAUAUCACUAAACCAUCACCAAACAAAGGUAAGGAGAAGCGAGCUUUGACACUUCAGUAACAACUCAAAUUAAAAUCGCUGAAAUGUUUUACUCUACAUUAACUGUAAUCAUGGUUUUCUGUCAGCUGAAAUCACAGUGAGCUGCAGCGUGUGUAAAGCCAUGUUUCCAGUUGAGGAUGUUGAAGAACAUGAGGUAAAUAUCUUUUGAAAACAUUUCUCAAACGUGUAUAAGACACACUGAGCUUAAACCACAUUUAUUCAAAUUUUCGGUCAAUGGCUCUAUUUUACCACAAAUCACUGCACCAAUGUGGCGUGUGAUGAAUGCGAUCAGCCUGUAGCUCUCUGUGGGGUUCAGCACUGUAAUUGAGUGAUGAGCAAACCUUUAAACAGUAGUUUUGGCACUGUGGGCAGGUGCUAAAUCCUGCUGAAAACAGCUCUUAAUGCUCAGACUCCGGCGUCAUCCACUCCUUGUGAAGCUCUUCAAAGGUCUUAAAUCAUAGUAUCUCACAACACUGCUGUCAAACACACUGCUUUCAUAUCUUGUCAACAUUUCCCCCUUUCAGUCAACUCUCCAUUAAUCUGCUUCAAUAAAACACUCUGUUAACAGCCUCCUUUUCAGCCAUGGUUCUCUGUGGCUUACUCUCCUUGUAUGGGCUGAUGUUGGACGUCAAUGGUAAACUGUCAAGUCAGAGGUGUUCCCUGUGAUUGUGGUUGCAGAUUAAAAUGAAAUACUCCAAUAUUUUGGAAUAUGUAUUUUAACAUUUUUUGAUUUGUAGACUAUAGCUGUCAAAGUUGGAUUUAUAAACACUUUAAACAUUUAGUUCAAAGAUGCACCAGCAUGUUUUUGCUCCAAAAACUUCAGUGAGGAACAGACUCAACUGUUAUGAACCUGCAAAAAUAGGAAAUGUUUCGUGUCUGUUGAGGCAGUUAUUAUUUUUUCUUAUUAUUAUUAUUGUUACGGAUGAGCUACUAAAAUUAUAAUUGAAGGCAGAGUCAAAUGCAACGGUUCGAAUGCAAACACUAACUUUUUAGUAGUUGUAGUUUGUUUAGACUGCUUCAGUUGCCCCAAAAGGUUUAUAAAAUACUUAUUGAAGCUUUUAAAAAUAAACUGCAGCAUAAAAUGCAAAUCACCGACUGUAUCUAAAGAUGGACGAUGUGUCUCUGCCUCUAAAAUGAUAGAGGUAUAGUUGUUGAUUGCACCAUUUAAUGUCACUGUUGUAAUUUGCACAAUAGAUUAAUUAAUUAUAACUCUUGUGUAAAUAGUAGAUAACUCUUGGAGACAUAUUAUGUGAGACAAUAGGCAAUUGAAUUUCCAUUUGGGAAUUAAUAAAGUUCUUAUUCUUAAUGAUCACUCUACUAUACUCAUAUUUCUUACAUGCCAAAUUUACUCAUUUCAAUGCAUUAAUUAGAGUGGACUUAAACCACUACUUUUGCUACAACUUUUGCAGAGCCUCUGCAGCAGGCUAAAUCAUAAUAUCUACUGUGCAGUUUUCAAAAGCAGCAGCUAAUGUGAUAAUUUUGUCAUUAUUCUUUUAACUAGCUGGAAUGUAUCCUGGCAGCAACACGGAAGGACAUAGAGGCUGAGGUUGAGAAGAGAGAGGAAGAGGAGGAAGAGCGACAUGUGGAUCACUCCAAGCAGGAGUCCUCUCCUCAGCUGAGCAGCAUGUUUAAGGCGACCUCCCUGUCAGACAAACUCAGCAAUGGUGGCUGGAGAAAUGGAGGUGACCCUUAUCAGAUCAGCACCUGCCCUUACUGUCACCUGGCUCUACCUGUUGUCACACUCCGCUGGCACGAGGUAACGCUCCUACACCCUGCAGGAUUUGAACAUACAGCUAUUGUUGGAAAGUUUUAACCGAUUUUUAUGCUUUUCUUUUUUUAGGCCAAGUGCAGAGUUCACGUUCUACUUAAAUGAAGAGACAGAGAGCUCCACAGAUCAACAGCCCCAGAGAGAGGACAAACUAGUAUUAAAUCUUAUCACUUGUUAAAUUAUCAUUAGAGUGUUCAGACUUUAGCAUGUUAAAAUAAAGUUUACAUCUUCUCUCAAGCUUAUGUCAGUGUCUGCAGGACUGACACGUGAAAGGAAAGAGCACCAUAGAUCAACAUCCAUUUUCCUCUGAUGUCCUCUGUGACUCCAACACUUUUUUGUCUCACUCCUGUCUUUGUAAAUUUCUAUGUCAGAGGUAACGACAUUUAAAAAAAAACUUUAUUUUCUGUACAGAACAGCACUUUUACAGUAGGUGAGCUUGAAGGUGAUGUCAGAGGAAAAUGGCCACAAUGUGACUACCUAACUGUGUAAUGUUGGUUUUGUUUAGUGUAAACACAGCCACGCAGGUAUAAGUUUCACUCUUAUCUUCACUAUUAUAAAGCCAAAGUUGUUCAUAUAAAUGGAUCUGAUGCUACUACAGUUGUAAGAAUAUAUAACCUCAUUGAUAGAAAAGACACAUAUGUGUGACUAAAUCUUGUAAUCAAUCAGCGAUCAUCAUUAUUUUCUGUAAAAUGAUACAAACUCCUCUGUUGUUCUAUGUACAGCCAGCAGGUAGUGAUAAAUGUCCAAUAAAACUGACUCUGACACUUAGA